UGUUUUUUUUAUAUAAUUUUUGCUUUUGAAUACUUAACGGUGUAAAUUUUCCGGCCACCUUGUUUUGUUUCAUUCUCCACCCACCGAGAUCCACCACCGUCAUCGCCGCCGCCGCCGCCGCCUCUCUCUCUCAUAAUAUUAUUUUAUUGGAACGCUACAUUCACAAUAAAACCUCUUUCUCAUUCCCAAUCUCCUCCUCUUUCUCUCUCUCUUUCUCUCUAGUCUUCAUUCAGCAGUUUCUCUCUCUCUCUCUCUCUCUCUCUCUCUCUCUCUCUCCAACCUGGUCUUACUCCUUCACACCCAACCAGGGCCGUCGUCUAUCGCAUAUCUCGCCGGAGAGAGAGAGAAAAACGAAGAGUGCGGAGACGGAGACGGAGACCGAGAUACUUUGAAGAUCAUGGCUCAGCCUUCCAACGGUGCUGAUCUCAAUCCACAAGCCCCUCAUCCUCACCACCACCAAUGGUUUCAACAACAGCAACAGUAUCAACAGCAAUGGAUGGCGAUGCAGUACCCUGCCGCCGCCAUGGCCAUGAUGCACCAACAGCAGAUGAUGAUGUAUCCUCCUCAGCAUUACAUGGCGUAUUCUCACCAUCCUUAUCAACAGCAGCAACAGCAACAUCAACAGCCGUCGCAGCAGCAGCAUCAGCAAGCUCAGUCGCAACGACCUCGCAGACAGGGGUCAACGGACGAGGUUAAGACGCUUUGGAUUGGUGACCUUCAACCCUGGAUGGACGAGACCUACCUCAAUAAUUGUUUCGCUCACACCGGCGAGGUUUUCUCUGUUAAGGUUAUAUGCAAUAAGCAAACUGGUCAAUCUGAGGGCUAUGGUUUUGUUGAGUUCUACUCGCAUGCAACAGCUGAUAAAAUAUUGCAGAAUUAUAAUGGUGCUAUAAUGCCUAACACAGAUCUGCCUUUCCGUCUCAAUUGGGCAACCUUUAGUUCAAAUGAUAGGCGACCGGACACUGGUUCUGACCUAUCGAUAUUUGUUGGUGAUUUGGCUGCCGAUGUGACUGAUGCUAUGCUGCAAGAAACUUUUUCUAGUAGAUAUGCAUCUGUUAAAGGAGCAAAGGUGGUUAUUGAUUCAAACUCAGGUCGUUCAAAAGGUUAUGGCUUUGUCAGGUUUAGUGAUGAAAAUGAAAGAACAAGGGCUAUGACGGAAAUGAACGGAAUAUAUUGUUCAAGUAGACCCAUGCGCAUUGGUGUUGCAACACCAAAGAAAGCAUCUGGAUAUCAACAAGGUUAUGCCUCACAAGCUUUGGUACUGGCUGGUGGACAUGCCAAUGGCAUUGCUGUUCAGGGUUCACAAUCAGAUGGCGAGUCAAACAACACCACUAUAUUUGUUGGCGGCCUCGAUUCUGAUGUUAGUGAUGAAGAUCUCAAGCAGCCUUUCUCAAAAUUUGGUGAUGUUGUCUCUGUGAAAAUCCCUAUUGGAAAAGGAUGUGGAUUUGUGCAAUUUGCUAACAGAAAGAAUGCUGAGGAUGCAAUACAAGGACUGAAUGGAACAGUUAUAGGAAAGCAAACUGUUCGUCUUUCUUGGGGCCGAAGUACGGGGAACAAGCAGUGGAGAGGUGAUUCUAAUAACCAAUGGAAUGGGGGACGUUAUGGUGGGCAAAGCUAUGGCGGAUAUGGUGGCUACUACUCUGUACCACAGCAUCAGGACGCAAAUAUGCAUCCCACAGCUGCUUCAGUUAAUGGCUCAUCUUGAGAAAAGAAGAAUAUGGCAGCCAUUGGCCAUUACCACCAUCGAAUCGAAAUCCGAGCCUUCAAAACACAAAUCUCUUAGCUAUAAAUAUAUAUAAACUUCAUAAUAGAGGGAGAACUUAUUUAAGUUGUGGUUAGCCGAAUCUUUAUUUACUGAAUCAUAUGGCUUGUUAACAUUAUUACUGCCUUCCCGGAGUCUUUUAGACUGCUUGUAGCUAGCUCAUCUGAACAAUUUUGGGGUAUGUAGGUGGAUAUUUCUUGGCUGAGAGGGUAUUUUUUUUAAAGAUUAAAUUUACAGAUUAUAAUUAUUAUUUUUUCAUC